ACCAACCCUCCCAACAACUCUUUUUCAUCUCCACCGCUGCUUUGUCGUAAGUUCCGGUUCCGGAUCACACGCAUCCCAUUACGUCAUUGAGUCGGCAGACUACGUCUUCUAUAUAAAUCACCUCUACUUCCCCUACUCCCUCAUACAAACAUCUCUCGAAUAUCAUCGUCUCCCUAAUAAUUCUCUCUCACAAUCUUUCUCUUUUUCUUUUACUCACAUCCAUCCAAAGAUGCAGAUCUUCGUGAAAACCCUAACCGGAAAAACCAUCACCCUGGAGGUGGAGAGCUCCGACACCAUAGACAACGUCAAGGCCAAGAUCCAGGACAAGGAAGGCAUUCCCCCGGACCAGCAGAGGCUCAUCUUCGCCGGUAAACAAUUGGAGGACGGUCGUACCCUCGCCGACUACAACAUCCAGAAAGAGUCAACGCUCCACCUCGUGUUGAGGCUCCGUGGAGGCAUGCAGAUCUUCGUCAAAACCCUAACGGGGAAGACGAUCACGUUGGAGGUAGAGAGCUCCGACACCAUCGAUAAUGUCAAGGCGAAGAUCCAAGACAAGGAAGGGAUCCCUCCGGACCAGCAGAGGCUCAUCUUCGCCGGAAAACAGUUAGAGGACGGUCGCACCCUCGCCGAUUAUAAUAUUCAGAAGGAAUCGACUCUGCAUUUGGUGUUGAGGCUCCGUGGAGGUAUGCAGAUAUUCGUCAAGACUCUGACUGGGAAGACGAUUACUCUGGAGGUGGAGAGUUCUGAUACGAUCGAUAAUGUGAAGGCGAAGAUUCAAGAUAAGGAGGGAAUCCCUCCGGAUCAGCAGAGGCUGAUCUUUGCUGGUAAGCAAUUGGAGGAUGGGAGGACUCUCGCUGAUUAUAACAUUCAAAAGGAGUCCACUCUUCACCUUGUUCUUCGUCUUCGCGGUGGCCAGUAAAAGACUUUCUCUGAAAGAAGAAGGUUUAAUGUGUUUGAAUUGUGGCUUUCUUAAUAAGUGUAGUUGUUGAAAGUUAUUUUAAGAACUCUGUUGUGGUUUCAUCAAUGUAUUUAUAAUAUCUAAUUUAAAUAAUAGUACCUUUGUUUGUUCAAA